AUGGACGAGGCGAGAGCGACCGCCGGGAACUCCUCUUCCCAGGAGGACGACGACCCGCUGGGCGGCUACUACCUGCUGUGGAACCUGUCCGCGCUGGCCCUCUCCUCUCCGGAGGCGGACAACUCGACCAACACCACCGCCAACAGCACGCUUUUCAUCGUCGACUCCCUAUUCCCCAGCGGGUAUUCCCUGCCGCACAUCAUCCUCGCCUCGAUCGUCGUCACGGUGCUCAUGAUCAUCGUCGUCGUCGGCAACAUGCUGGUCAUUAUUGCCAUCGCGACAGAGAAGGCCCUGAAGAACAUUCAGAACUGGUUCAUCGCGUCGCUGGCCGUCGCGGACUUCUUCUUGGGUCUCAUCAUCAUGCCAUUCUCGCUGGCAAACGAGAUCAUGGGCUACUGGAUCUUCGGCAACUGGUGGUGUGACGUGCACAGCGCCAUGGACGUGCUGCUUUGCACGGCGUCCAUCAUGAACCUGUGCCUCAUCUCGCUGGACCGCUACUGGUCCAUCACGCAGGCCGUCGACUACCUGAAGAAGCGGACGCCGGUCCGCGCUGCCAUCAUGAUCGCUCUCGUCUGGCUGCUGUCUGGCCUCGUCUGCAUCCCUCCUCUGCUCGGCUGGAAGGUCGACCGGCCCGUCGAGGAGUUCCCCAAGUGCCAGAGGCUGAUCCAGCACCGCGGCCUCGGCGCACAGUCCUCAGUUCGCAGUGCCCGGGCGGUGCGGCGGCAGCCAAGGGCGAAGUCUGGCGCCCGCCGCCGCCCCUGGAAGCUAGCCAACCCGCGCUGCCGCACACCGAGUCCCGGACACUUGUUCCUUCUGCGGCUGGCGGCCGCCUUCACCAAAGCAUAUACGUAG